AUGGACCUUUUCACCGAAUAUGAUUUCCCCAACCUUGAGAUGAUUCCUCAUGGCUUCAACUAUCUUUGCUCUGCUACACAAACCCAAACAGACAAAAUCAUGGAGAUUUCACCAUUUGAGGGUUUCUUGGAGUUUGAUCGUACACCAGAGUUGCCUUACCAAAGGAAGGAACUUUGCUUCAACGAGUUCCCAGAUCUCGAAAAUUUCAACUUCGAUUUUAACCUACCACCUCUAGGUGAAGAUUUUGAUGAGGUGGACCAGAAGCCACUCAACAUAGUUGUGCCCUACAAUGGUGAGGGUGAAAGAGGGUUUGUGAAGAAAGAGGAGGUUGUGGAUAAUGAAGAGAGGGCAUUGGCAGUGCCUAGUAGCAGUAGGAAGAAGAGGUCAUGUGUGUUGGAAUUUGACGAGAUAAAGAAGCAUUUUGGCGUUCCCAUAACUGAAGCUGCUAAGGAAAUGAAUGUGGGGUUAACCCUGUUGAAGAGAAGGUGCAGAGAACUCAACAUAAUGAGGUGGCCUCAUAGGAAACUCAAGAGCUUGAAGUUACUCAUAGAUAACGUCAAGGAAUUGGGUUUGGCAAACGAGGUUGCCAUGUUGGAGAAGCAUAAAAUGAUGUUGGAAAAAUUACCAGGAUUGGAACUGAGUGAAGAAACCAAGAAGCUGAGGCAGGCUUGUUUUAAAGCUAAUUACAAGAGGAGAAGAUAUUUGGCUCUCCAAGCUUGA